UUAACGCAAACUCUGCUUACCGUAUUUUUUUCCCCCACUCCGACACAUUAUUUUCGCUUCAGAUCAUUUUUACCGUUGCUCAAUCCAUCCGAUUCCCAAAUUCCAUAUAUAAUCACGCCCGGAAACACAGACAAGUCCGUGUAUAUCGUACAUAUAUACACAUAUGUAUGUAUGUAUAUUUGUGAGCUUGGUUGAAGAAACCUGUAGAUUUGGAUAUCGCGACGGCCAAUCCGGCUUUGUGGAGAAGGGCUCGUGAAAUUUCUUUUCAGCUAUUCGAAGAGAUUAUCAACAACUUGUCUUUCAUCAGGUUUUAACUGACGUACGGUGGAACUGGUGUCACUCUUUUAGGGAUUGUUGACAACAAAUAAUGGUUUCUUUUGCAAGCGGUAGCUUAACCGGUGAGGUUUCUAGCAAGCGGCCUUUGGAGAAUGGUCGUAUGCCCAAAUAUAAGCCCAGGAAAGUUUCUGCAGUCCGGGAUUUUCCACCAGGGUGUGGCAGCAAUGCUUUGCCAAUGAUUUUGGAACCUGAAGAAAAUGGUGGUAGUGGAGCUAGGAUUGUGGAUGCUAUUGGUGUUAAAAAUUGUGAAAUGGCCAAACCUGUGGUGGCUAUUGGUGUGGGUUCUAGUGGUGUCAAAAGCUCUAAUAUUGAAGUGGAAAGUCGAUUACAUGAAGCAAUGAACGUUAUUGUGGAUGUACAUAUGACUGAAUCAUUGGAUACAUUAGUAGAACAAGUGAUGGCAAAUGCAACAGGCAUCGAGAAAUUAAGGAUGGAAGUUGGAUCAGUUGGAACUCAAUUGCCAGACGAGGUCGAUUGUCAUACCCAGGGAACAGUAGAUAGUCCUAUUGAAGUAGAUAGCACUGAAUCAUUGGACGCAUUGGUGGGAAAAGUGACUACGACAAUGAUGGAUGAUUCCUCUAAUGAUGUUGAGGAAUUGAUAACAGAAACCAACCUCAUGGCAGUCUAUACGCCGAAUGACACCAAAAGUGAUCCUUCUAAUAAAGAUACCGAGGCUGGUGGUCAGACAAUGUUGAAAGAGCUGAAUGAAGUAGAAGGUUUGUCUUUGGUUCAGGACUCAAGUGUGGAGGCAGCAAAGGCCAUGUUAGAUGCUGGUGCUUCAGUUGAUAAAGAGCUCUUGCUGGAUAGUUCUCUGGCAUUGUCUUCAGCUUGUGUGAGUAUUAAGCCAGAAACUUCCAUUAGACCGAAGGAUAAAUACCGUCGGAGAAGAGUGUCUGCUGUGCGCGACUUCCCUCCGCACUGUGGGAGCAAUGUUCCUUUACCAACCGAGGAAGGCAAACAGAUGGUCACUUCAGGAAAUGAUUUACCGAAUAGGAUUGAAAAAGUUGAAGUGGAACCAGAGGCAACUGUGUCAAGCAAUGGUUCAGAGGGAGGGGCAGACAUUUGUGUUAAAACAGGAACAACUGAAAAAUUGAAUGAUGGUGGAAGAGGGCUGCUGGAAGAGAUGAAGGAAGCCACGAUGGAAGGUCGGCCCAUGGAUUUUGAAGAAUGCAACAGAGGCAUACGAGAUAGCAAAAUUGAGAAAUCGGAAGCAAGACAAGCUGGGCCGAGAUCAUGGGUUGAUUCCAGCAUUGAGGAUACUGGAUGGCCAGUGGGGAAAGAGAUUGUUGUGUACUCACCCGAUGGAAAUGAUACUGUAAGGUCUCCUUAUAGUGGAAAUGAAUUGCAUAGGGAAGUUGUACAUGGCCUGAUGGCUGCACCAUAUUGUCCGUGGAGGAAAGCGAAAGUAGCUUUAAAUAAUUCAGAUGGUAAAACUAGUGCAGUAAUAAUGAUACAGCAGAACGUGUCCCGGUCACAAAAGUCCGAAACUGUUGCUCUGAAUAGUAAUGUUAUGGAAGAUUCUUCUGGAGGACCAUCUAUGAAGAAGAUUGCAUUUCUUGAUUCAAAAGAUGCAGACGUGAGUCCUGGUUCAUUAACCUGCAUGGAUGAGGAAGAUCGUGGUGCCUAUAAUGAAUGCCCACUUGAAAUCACUCCUAUUUCCAUGGCCAGGCCGGUCAAUGACUCUGCAGGACCUGUUGGAAAGGAUAUUGUUCUUUAUUCACCGGGAGAAAGUGAUGAAAUGAGGCCUUCAAAUAGAGUUUACCGGUCAGCGGAUGAAGUAGAUAGGGAGGUUGUGCAUGGUCUGAUGGCUGCACCUUAUUGUCCUUGGAGGACAGGAAAAACAGUUCUAAGUAUCACUGAUGGAGGAACAAGUGGAGGAAAAAAGAGGAAGCAGAAUUUUUCUUGGCGACAGAAGGCCAAGGCUGUUGCUAGGAAAAGUACUCCUAAAGUAAAGUUUUCGCCAUCUGAGAAGCACAAUGAAGUUCAUAUUUCCAAUGAUGCAGAAAUGAGUCCUGGUGCCUUGGUUCUCUCAGAUGAUGAAGGUAAUGCUCAUGAUGGAGAUUUUCUUGCAGAUUCUCCUCCCAGUCUUCAACCAAAAAUUUUUGAAGUUAGUCUGCCUCCUUUUGGUCCCAACAGUUCUGGUCAUGUUGAUGCCCGCAACAGAGUGAGAGAUACUCUUCGGGUGUUUCAUGCUAUUUGUAGAAAGCUCUUGCAACAAGAAGAGGCAAACUCAACACCAGAAGAGGAAGGAAAAUCCAAGCAAUCUGGCAAAAAACCCAAAAGGAUUGAUCUUCUCACCGCAAAGAUUAUUAAAGACAAAGGAAAAGAAGUUAACACGGAAAAGCUGAUCUUGGGACAAGUUCCUGGAGUUGAAGUGGGGGAUGAGUUUCAGUACAGAGUGGAACUUGCUGUUGUUGGUAUUCACCGCCUGUACCAGGCUGGUAUAGACUGGAUGAAGCUCAAUGGAGUGCCAGUUGCCACUAGUGUUGUUUCUUCUGGGGCUUAUGCUGAUGAUGUGGAGAACGCUGAUGUCUUGAUAUACUCUGGGCAAGGCGGAAAUGUUGUUGGGAAGGUUAAGCAACCUGAAGAUCAGAAGCUUGAAAGAGGGAAUUUGGCUCUAAGGAAUAGUAUAUCGGCAAAGACUCCAGUUCGUGUUGUUCGGGGAUGGAAGGAGACAAAGGUUGUUGAUCCUCUAGACCCAAAACCUAAGACAGUCACGACAUAUGUUUAUGACGGCCUAUACACGGUGACAAAUUAUUGGACAGAAACUGGGACUCAUGGUAAGUUGGUUUUUAAGUUUGAGUUAAGGAGGAAUCCUGGUCAGCCUGAGCUUGCUUGGAAAGAACUGAAGAAGUCAAGUAAGUUCAAAAACCGACCAGGUGCAUGCGUCAGUGAUGUUUCAGGAGGAAAAGAGCCCUUUCCUAUUUGUGCUGUGAAUACUUUUGGCGAUGAGAAACCACCUCCAUUUAACUACACUUCCAAGAUGAUGUAUCCCGAUUGGUUCAAUCCGAUUCCCCCAGCAGGUUGUCAAUGUACGGGCCGAUGCACCGACUCCAAAAAAUGCCGAUGUGCAGUCAGAAAUGGAGGUGAAAUCCCAUACAACCGUAAUGGUGCUUUAGUUGAAACAAAACCUCUUGUAUAUGAGUGUGGUCCCCAUUGCAAAUGCCCCCCUGCUUGCUACAAUAGAGUCUCCCAACGUGGGAUAAAAUUUCAGCUUGAGAUCUUCAAGACAGAGUCGAGAGGCUGGGGAGUAAGGCCCCUGACUUCUAUUCCUUCAGGAAGCUUUAUAUGUGAGUAUGCUGGAGAGCUUCUUGAGGACAAGGAAGCUGAACAAAAAAUUGGCAAUGACGAAUAUCUAUUUGAUAUUGGGCAGAAUUACGGUGACUCUUCUCUCAAGUCUGAAGACCAAGCAAGUUCAGUUGAACAUAUAGAAGAAGUUGGCUACACAAUUGAUGCGGCCCAGUAUGGAAAUAUUGGAAGGUUCAUCAAUCACAGCUGUUUACCUAACCUUUAUGCACAAAACGUGAUUUAUGAUCAUGAUGACAGGAAAAUGCCCCAUGUAAUGCUCUUUGCAAUGGAUAAUAUUCCUCCGUUGCAGGAGCUGACCUAUCACUACAAUUAUUCGGUGGAUCAGAUUCGGGACUCUGAUGGAAAUAUUAAGGUUAAGAAAUGUUAUUGUGGUACUGCAGAAUGUACUGGCAGGAUGUACUAAAUUGUAUAUCGCGGUGACCCAUUUGAGGUAAGGAAUCAUGCGAACUGUUUGGCCUGUGAUCUUAAUUGUUUGAUCUUUUGGAUUCAUUUCUAUUCCUUGCAUACACGUUAGAACUAAGUAUUUUGGGUCUUGGCGAUAAUUUAACAGAUGAAUGUUAGGUAGUGUCUUCUGUAAAUACACCAGGAGUUUUGAAAGUAUUGUAUCUGUCCGUAUACGUGGUGCUCCAUGGGUAGGGUUCAGAGGUGAAGAUAGAAGAUGUUCAAUGGAGUCAUAGACAUGAAUUUGUUUGUGUUUUGCAAAGGAAUGAUGUGUUGACUAUUUCAUGAAAUAAGAUAGUUUUGGCCAACUUUC